AAUGCCAGCGCGACGCAAGAACUGUCCAACUGGUCGGUGCAAGAUGUGAAGAUCGUGCUCUUCACCGGAAGUGAUCCCCGAUAUUUCCCAGCAGCCGGUCAAAAUUAUACGCGAAAGUCUGCCACGGUCGGUGUUGCGAUUGAAGCGUUUAAGUCGAUAGAUGCGCAAGUCUUGCAACUCCAACAUAUCGCGCGGCUCGUCUACGAUUACGUGCCCAGUCCUAACUUUUCCUUUGCUGGCGGCAUUUAUGUUUUGGGCCAGGAUGGUUUGGUCCAGUCGAACAUGAACACGUUUUACUAUGAUUUCUCCUCCUUUAAUCGAAGUCUGACAGCUUUGAGAAGCCAACUGGACGAGAAUCAUGCUACCGGCGAUACCAUCAAGGAUACUAUCGAACUAAUCAACAAGCUCAAUUUCUGGGACGACACAAUGUUAAUAUUCUUUACCGCAAGCAGCAGUGAUGAAAUUCUUCAAGCACCAAUGAACGAUAAAUACGAAAUGACCUAUGCUUGGGAUCUGAAAAUGGAGCGUAACGAUCGCAUCAACCCGGUUGACAACAUUUCCGAAAGGCUCCGCGCUACACUUGCCGAACAGGAAAAGGCAGUCAACAUCGCCUCCACCGCCACCGGCGUCAUCAUCUCCCUGUGCUUCUUCGUCCUCCCCCUCGUUUGGUCGAACUGUCUCCGCAUUCUGCCGAUCCAGAAUUCCCCGCCCGGAGCCGGAGACCCCUGGAGCGAGUUCACCGAGCUG